AUGAUUCCCCCUCGAGGUUCUGCUGGUGGAGCUUCUAACGAAGUACUCAUUGCUUCCUCCCCUGAGCGAACACGUCUGGGUGCGUCGAUGCUCACUUCAGCAUCACCCAUAAGCCAGGCCAACCCCAAGCGGAUCUGUCGUGGGGCCAUGCAACUAGACAACAGCAGUUCUCCCUCUGAGCGACUGCCAGUCUUCAACCACGUACGUCCGGAUACAUUCGAAGAUAACCUCGCCGAGCUCCAGAAGCGGUUCCCAGAGAUCCAUCGAGGCAUCGCGUCGUCUAUACUGGAGACCUGCGGCAACAGCGUGUCAGACGCAGCGAUUUCUCUGAAGCAGCUCGCGAAUGCCUCUGUCGGCCCAGUACAAGGCUCCUCUCGCGCUGGCAAACGGCGCUUGGAGACCGAUGAAGACGAUGAUGAUGAAAACGGAGGCAUCCCUUCACACAUGGCCUCCGCUAGUCCCCUUGGUGGUAGUACAAAGGUCGGGAUCAAACGAGGCCACGAUACGAUGGUAUCGGAGCACUCUAACCUCACUGGGGAGCAAUGGGCUGAGAGACUGGUGCUCCAUUUGCAAGGCUCACCAUCUCUCGUCACAGCCAAGCAGCGCGCCUGUGAAGUACUGCAAGCCUACGAACGUUGUGUGAGGGAGCGAUCUGCUGCGGACUCUGCCGGGACGAAGAUGGAGAUCGAAGAGUUACAGAAAAAGCUGCAUCGUCACAAGACCGCUAAUAAAGUGUUGUAUCGAGCUCUUCAUAUACUCAACUCCCGCACCAACCACUGCCAGGAUCAGGUGGGACUCGAUUCUAGGGAGGACCCGGCGGUGGUGGCGGAGCUCCGAAAGAAAUUAGACGAAACUGAGGCGGCCCUACGGAGAGAGAAGCAAACGACUGAUGUCUUACGGUAUCAUCUCCAGCAAGCUACUAGCCUCAACUGUAUGUCCCUUGGGGCUGCCGGCGGCAGUGGCGGCGGAGGCGGCGGCUUUGGUGGCGGUGGUGUAUUCUAG